GAAAUUCUUGACAGUUGGUCGUGAGCGGUAAGUGAGGCAACAACGGACGUCAAAGUAACGAUUACAAAGAUUGCUAUAUUCCUUGGAUUGUAGAUUAUAGAACAUAUACCCAGAUAUUACCCCCCCCCACGGAUAGGAAGAAAAUGGCUGGAAACGGCGUGUUCACGCUGAAAGAAGUUAACGAUCAUCGGGGAAGAGAAUCGUGCUGGAUUGUCGUCGACGGGAAAGUCUACGACGUUACCAAGUACUUGGACCAGCAUCCAGGCGGAGAUGAGGAGAUUCUGAACAAAUCUGGAACCGACGCUACGAAGGCUUUCGCUGAGGUCGGACAUUCCAGCGACGCUAAGGAAAUAUUGGGAACACUGUUGAUCGGACAUUUGCAUCGAGACGACGUCAAGGCAUCCGCCUGGAAGAACUACUCACUACCUUGGUCAAGAAUCGCUGUGGUGGCUGCUGUUCCAGUAGCCGCCAUCCUGGUCGCUUCGUUUGUUCAUUUCAACCGAAAGUGAGAAGACGAGUUCAUCAUUCCGCGUCAAGGCAUUCAACGAUAUACGUGUCGUUUCGAACUCGCGAUCGAAUGAAAUAAUGUUAGCGAUAAUUUGCUACACGUCAAAUUCGCUGUCCUGCAAUAAAUAUUCAGCCAAUAAACGUUAUAAUAUUCUAUAA